AUGUCGAACCCCAACGCCCUCCUCCUUCUCGCCGACCACAUCAAACUGUCCCUCCUCGAGCAGCAGCGCGCAAAGACGCUCAACCUCCGCCGCGACUCACAAGAUGGCCACAUCUCGCGUUCCCUCGACCAAUUCCGCGAAGGCCUUGAGGCUCUCGAGAAGGAGCAGCUACGGCUAGAAGAAGCAGGCGACGAAUCCAAAGCCUCUUCCCUCAACGACACCCUCACCUCCCUCCGCAAACAAUACGUUGACCUCACCACCCAAUUCGGCGGCCACGCUUCUAACGGCGCCACCUCCACCCUCACCCACCCCAACGACCCCUCCCUCGCCGCCGACUUCGCCCACGCGCAAUCCUCUCACUCCGAGCCCUCCCCACCAACCCCCCCACCAGCAGACACCAAACCAUCAGCCGCCAAAAAAGCUGUCCGCUUCUCCUCCCCCUCCACCGACCUCGAAUCCCAAACCACCCGCUCCAACAACAACCCCCUCUUCCCCUACCGCGACAGCCCCUCCCUCGACGACGACACGGCCGGCUACCGCGACCACAUCACGUCGCAAAACCUGUCCAACACGCAGAUCCACGCCUACCACCAGCAAGUGCUGCACGAGCAGGACGCGCAGCUGGACGCGCUGGGCGCGUCCAUCGCGCGCCAGCGCGAGCUGUCCAUGCAGAUCGGCGACGAGCUCGACGACCAGGUGCUGAUGCUGGACGAGAGCGAGCGCGCGAUGGACCGGCAGACGAAUGCGCUGGGAAGGGCGCGCAGGCAGAUUGGGCGCAUUGCGAGGGGCGCGGCGGAGAGUGGCGAGGGGAGACAGAUGACGGCGAUUGUAGUGCUGAUUAUUGUGUUGGUGUUGUUGAUUGUCAUUUUGAAGUGA